AUGGCUGAGCAGGCACAAGUGCGCAUGCUGUCGGCAGCCUUUCCGACACCCCCACCGUACUACAAACACUUCACCAAACAAAAUGUGACCAAGGUCCGCCAGAUUCGCAAGGAGGCUGCGACAAACAGCGAUCAAGUCGACGUAGAAUCGCUGCCCACCGAGCUCCGCUAUCUCAUCCCACCCGAACCACCGACAGACGGCCGCUACAAGAGCUUUGGAGCACAGUAUGAUCUGGCGCAACCAGCACAGUCAUUGGCCCAAGCAGGAAUCCAGGAACUCUAUCCCGCAGACGUCGUCCACCUCGAUCCAACACCGCAUCUUCAGACCCUCACACGCGCCGUGCUGAUGAACUUUCUCGAAAUGGUCGGCACUCUAUCCGUCAACCCUACUCAAGGUCCAGAAAAGGUCGAGCACCUGCAGACUCUCUUUUUCAAUAUCCACGACUUGAUCAAUCGCUAUCGUCCUCACCAAGCACGCGAGAGUCUAAUCAUGACUAUGGAAGACCAGCUGGACAAGAUCAAAGCUCAGAUCAAGAGUGUCAACUCUGCGAAAGACCGGAUGCAACAAGUCCUGGGCGAAAUUCGUCUGCAAGCUGCUACUGAGAAUAAGAUCAACACACCGACCAGACAAGAGAAGCCCAUCGCCGAAGACACCGCUGGAACGUCCGACAGCGUUCAACAAGCCAUGUACGAUGCCCUAGAUCAAUAUCUCGACGACUGA